GAUGAAAGACGUGCACAGGAUUGUAAAGUUCAUGCGCAACAAACAAAAAGCGCUUGCACUUCACAAAGUAAUGAAGAAGGCGCUGGUGCUCAGGCGACCGAUGGAGACACAUUUCGGGACAGCAUACAUGAUGUUGGAGAGGCUAUACGAGCAGAGGGAGGUCUUGGACACAUUGGUGUCGUCGGAGAGGUGGGCUAGGGUGCGAUGGGUCGGGGAUGCUCGAGAGCGGAUGCCUCAUGUCCGCAGGCUUUGCAGGGAUGAUGGCUUUUGGAGUGGCGUGAGGACGGUGAUGGAUGUCAUGGGUCCCGUUUACGCGUUCCUCAGGGAUCUUGACAAGGAUGGCUCAUCAGCCACUGGCCUGUGGGAUUUGGAGGUCAUCCUCCAGCAAAGACUUCAUUCACUACAGUUGUCGGACUUUGACAGGGACGCGGUGAUGACUAUCGUGAGGGAUCGGUGCGCGAUGAUGCGGCAGCCUGCUCAUGCAGCUGCUUACCUGUUGGAUUCGCGGCGGCGCGGCAUUUCAUUGCUUGAGGACGGUAGCAGGCCUGUUGUGCAGUCAGCGCUAGAGCACUUUGCUCGUGUUGUCGGAGGGUGGGACACGAAGGCCAUGGAGGAUUUGUGGGGCCCUGUGGACUUUUCACAGCGACGACCUCCGAUAUUGGCCAAAGGCUGCUCAACACUGGUGGGACCAGUUCGCUACCACCGACGCGAAGAGAUGCAUCCCUCGACGUGGUGGGGUCUUCACGGUGGCCAGCAGCCCAUUUUGCAGAGCAUUCCGUGGGCAGUGGUGGGCAUGUGGUCCACGGCCAGUCCUUAAAGUACUUACCACACUGGACGUAGGGGCAGACCACAACGACAGUAUAAGGUGAGAUUUGCAUACCAGGAUCCUAGUGAAGAUCGCUGGUUCACAAAAGAAGAACUGUUAGAAUCUGCACCUCAUAUUGUGUCUGCAUACGAAAAUGCAAAGAGAGGAAUUCAUAUCCUUGAUAGGUAAAUGAUUCUCAGAGAACUUCGAAUUUAGGCCGGCGAGAGUAAAAGGGCCUUUACCCG